UGCGACGCAUCAGGCGAGCGAACAGCAGCUUUCGUUGUUGUCUUAUAACUAUAUGCUGUGCAACACGCCGUCAGGCUUCAAGAUGUCUGUAACAAACAAGCCAGGUUGAUUUGAUUGCUGGGCUGGGCUACACAGGCCAAUUGGACCACUAGUUCCAUGUAUAGCGCAGCGCAAUCUGCCUGCUGCAAGUCAGAAAAGGUAACCCAAGCUGAAUCGGGUGGCCCAAUGACAUGGCGAGACGCUACACGCCCGCUAGUAAGGGGGAUGCGGAUCCAAUCGCAACUGUGCAUUGUUCUUCGGCCCCCCCCCCAAAAUCGAAUUGCGAGUGAGGUGAUGGGCAUUCAUGUAUGGCUAGUGGUUUUUUUUUCUGCGCUACCGGCCCAUACAGUAGUUUUUGGAGGUGCUGUGCUGUACAUCGUGGGAAUCUAAAAAGUGGUGGUGCUGCUGCUCCCCCCCGACGCCGGUUGCAUUCCUCUGUACUGCUGCUGCUGGAGCUGUGAUCUGCUUUUGGAACGACAGAUCUUUUUUGUUUGUUCUUUUUGACAGACUUUAACUUUUCAUCUGCUCUCUUUUCGACACCUUUUUAUUUCUUAUUUUCCCAGGACCACACGCAAUUCGGCGCUUCGCUGCUCGUUCACUUCGCCCUCAGUCCGAGCGCCCCCGAAAAUCAGACCACCAGCCCAACCCAGCAAGCGUCUAGGGCCACCUCUCUCGCCUUGGCUAUAUGCCAGCAUCCUUACCUCUUAGCAUCCACGGCAAAACAAGCAAGUAGCUUCGACAAUUGGUGUGUGCUGUAAGCGCCAGCGUGCUGUACCGUCAUCUUAUUCGCCACAGCCUGCAGCGCUACCAAGGAACUACUUCCCCCUGCCAUUUCACGCACACAAGCAAAGCAAGCCGUGGCCAGCCAAUCUUUGGUUGAUUGGCAUGGCUUAGUCUGUGACCAGACACGCCUUUUUUUGUUCCCUGUGCUGGGUUCCUGCAUUGCGUGGCGCAAAGGCCCUGUCUCCAAGCGCCCGCCCGCUGUGCCUGCAGGGUCUGUUCUCGCUCCUGUGUUUCAGAGCCGCGACAACGCCAUAGCGAAUCGUUGGGCUGAGAAACACGCAAAAGCAAGCAGCAGCUUCUCGGCUCUCGAGGCGUCUGUGUUGCGGCCGAAGCGACCGCUGCUAUUUUUAUAGCGUGCGUUUGGGAUUUGCCGCUGUUUGAGAAUCGGUUGGCGUGCGUUUGCCGGCGGUUAAUAACAGGACCUUAUACGCCAGCGUUGCGUUUGUGAUCGGCUUGUUUGCCUUCUUUUAUUCGGCAGCCAGUUAUUGCUCGUCACCAUGGAUCCUUCGUCCACGCUCUACACGUUUAUCCUCGAAACGGAUCCCUCGGCCACCUCCGUUCACCUCAUCGGCUCCUGGGACAAUUUCACCGCCCGCUACGCCAUGACCAGAGACGCUCGCCGAGGCCGCGGUGUCUGGCGAGGCUGCCCGUCCGCCAAAGACCUCGUCGUUUCCGAAACUGGGCGCGGACCCAAGCGAAACGCCGCCCUCCAGAUGGGCCACGACUACUAUUACUAUUAUGAAGUAAACGGCGACGCUGAGAUAUAUGAUGCCGCUCAGCCCUCCACUACUUUUUGCCCUUUCCUACCUGGCCAGACCGUCAAUAUCCUCUCCAUCCCCGAAGAACGUAGAGUGCACCACCGCACAGCUUCUACUAGCCAGCUCGCCCCAGAGCUCUACUUCACAAUGAACCCCGACGACAAGUUCGCCCCAACACACUCUGCGGCCCAGAUGCAGGCAGACUCCGUCGCCCACCGUCUGCGCACCGCUUCGGCAAUCCUCUCCCGCCGUACGUCUAGUCGCUCGCCGUCACCUACAGCUGCUGCUGCCUCAUCAUGGAAGCGCUUCUUCUCUAAGCGCUACGAAGAGGACCGCGGCCGCCCUGCAUCCCGCGGAACCGUCUACACACCCGUCUUUGACGAAGACAGGUCCGUCUCCUCCCGCAGCCAGACACCUUCGGACGGCACCCGCACACGCGACAUCUCCCCGGAGUCGCUGCGCCGCUUCCUCUGCGACGAAGACCCUGUACGACCCGCCUCUAAUCUCGAGGUCCGCCACCCUCUUGCUAUCCCUGAGGACAUUGCCGAGGAGGAAGACGACGACGACGACAACUUUGCCUCGUCCGAAAUCGCCCUCCCGGCCUUUGCUACCCGUCUCUCACCACCACCCUCCCACCGCGCCACUUCGUCCUCGACGUCCGUGGCCACCAUCACUAAGCUCCUCCCCCGCCUCAACACGACGCGCCUCCAUGAGAUCACUUCCUCUUCUGCUAUUGCGUCUCCUGCAGACGAUGUCCCUGCGUUUGACGACUCGGAAGGCGACCACUCCAACGAUGAGGAUUCGUCACUCGUCAAGCAGCGUCUGCCUUUCUCUUACCGCCUUCCUAGACAGAGCUUUGACAGGAAGCUCGGCGGUGCUAGCCCCGAGGUUCAGACUCACUCGCCCAAGUUGCUCGCUAAGUCUAACGGCGCAGUGACCUUUGGCGUCUCGGCUGGGCUGCUGGGCAGUCCGGCAGAGGAGUGUGUCGAGGACUUUGCGUGGAUGGUUGGUGCUAUCUCCACGGGCCCUUGAGCAACGUCUCCUACCACUCUCCAAAAACGUGCGAUGAAAUAAAAGACGGACGACAUGAUGUGUUUUGUAUGAUUAGACUUUUUGGGUUUCUUUUAGUAUGCUUGGAUAAGCACGGCGUUUUUUUACUUUUGGAUACAGCGACCCAUCUCGGAACAGGCUUUCCGACGGUAUAUACCCUACUAUGUUAUUGGAUUUUUUAUUCAUGGUUAGAUAAAAAUACAUCACAACCACUUAUUUUAAAGACACUUUUACUUGAUCAAGAUAAAAAUCGUGUGACUUGUUGUUCUUUGUUCUCCGUGUAAUACAGAGUCGUGAUAUCAUUUCUGUUGGUACAAUGCUACAUGGUCGUAAUAGUACAUACAUCUCUCCCUACUGCGCAGUUACCUCUACAGGCGCAGCAGCAGUAGCAGCAGUAGGAUCAUCUGCUGUUCCCUCCGUCUUGGCAGCCGCAGAAGCAGCAUCGCCCUUUUUCUUGUCCUUGGCAGCGGCCUUCUUUUUCUCUUUUUCGGCUUUUUCCAGCUCAUUUGCCUUUUCCUUCUCUGCCUUCUCGGCUGCGAUUCUCUGCUCCUUUUUGGCUCGGAUGCGCUCUACUUCUUCGAGUGUUGGGCAUCUUGCCGUACGCAAGAAACGCUCUGGAACGCCCUUGGCAGCGACGGUACCGCUUCCAACCCAGCAGCCCAACAGCUUGCUCCAUUGGUACUGGCUACUCUGCAGGCGCUGUAGCUCGACAUACGCGGCUGCCGUCGCAAAAGGAAUCUUGGUGACAGGAUCGCGGUAACGUGCGAGCGUGUUGGUCACACCGCAUAUCGCUGGCGGCGGCUGCUUGGGCAACUUGGACAUUUUGCGGCCAAACAGCAGCAUCGUCUGCGUUUGCUUAUCUCGGAUGGCGGGCUCAUGGAAGUUUUGGAACAUGAUGGCAUUGCGUGUUGUUGCCUCGCCUGUCGAUGUGUCUUCUGGGGCUGUUGCCACAGGAGUUGCCGCUUCGGAGGGGAGCUGGCUAGUAAGUUUGCUUACAGGAACCGACUCGGGUCCCAUAGAUUGCGCAGGAUCGGUUGCUUGUGGUGUACCGACCACUUGAUCUUCCUUGGGUGUUUCUGUAGAAGACACUGGCUGUUGGGGGGGUACUGGGGUGGUUGUUUCCGUCACUGUAGCGGGUGCAGCGUCCGCCAUGGCGACGUCUUGUGAUUCAGUGGUGUUUGCGUCUUUCGAUUCUACUGACGCCUCGCCAGUCGCUUCCGUUGAAGGUUUCGGUUGAGUCUCGUCAGCGGCGGUAUCCGUUUUGGACUCUGGUUUAGCAUCUGGUGCUGUCGACUCUGGCUCAAUCUCCUUGGCUGCUGCUGGCGUUGACUCCUCAAUCGAUUUCGAUUCCGCCCCAGCUGCAUUUUGAGGAGAAGUGGGUUUCUCGGGCUGGUCAUCCGCCUUGUUUGGUUUCUCAGCUUCUGAUGUCGCCGUCGGUUCUGCCCCUGCGGAAUUAUCAUCUGUGUUCUUAUCCGUAGGCUUGUCCGUUUCAGCUGCUGUAGUUUUCUCUGCCCCUUCCACAGUGUUCUCCGUCACAUUUUUGGGGACGGGCUCAUCAAUAACCAUGGCAUCCCCAUUUGUGGCUACUUCUGGCUGGCCGACCUCUGUAUUAGGUUUUGGUGUUUGGUCUUCUGUCUGCGGUGCUGGCGUACCCUUGGCUGCUGUAUCUUCCUGCUUCACUACAAUAACACUUUUGUCGUCCGGGUUAAAAGCCCCCUUCGGUGCAUCUCCGGCUUCUGUAGUCGUUGUAGCGUCGUCCUCCUUUCCUUUUUCAUUAUCCUUGUCUUUUCCUUUUGGUGGCUUUGGCUUCCUCUUUGGCUUUUCUUCAAUCAUAAAGUGGUAGCCUUCAUUCUUCAGCCAACCGUCGCCGACGCGGCCAACACCGCUCCAAAAUGUGAUGACUGGUCCCUUCAACGUUCUGUUAUUUAGCGCUGCAAGCUUUGCCAGUCGUUCCUCUUCGCGCUGCUUCUCUGCCUCUUCCCAUCGGUUCAGACUUUUGCUGUUGCGCUCUUCGACGAUCGCUGCUUCUCGCAACCUAUCUUCUUGUGUCAUUUGCGGCUUCUUCAUCGCUUCCAAUUUGGCUUGUUUCUUUUCCAUCUGGGCUAGUUGCUUCAAUCGUCGCGCUUCGCGCUCCACCAUUUGCUGAUGGAGCUGCUCUUUUGAGAUUCGUGUCGUUUUUCGCGAUGAGGCUCGUGUUGGCAUGUCGGCUACUGCUGGUAACCAGCUGGCUCGUUCAGACUUCUUCUUCGGCCGUGCUGUGGCAGACGAUGACACAGAAGCUGUAUCGAUGCGAACUCGUUUACGAAACUUGACAGGGAUCGCUUCUUGCGCUUUGCGCUUUCGCUGUGCCGCACGGCGUUCUUUGACCUGUCGUUCCAGUUCCCUUUCUCCCUCCAGAUCUUCCGCGUCAUUAUUAUUAUUAUUAUCUUCCUCGUCGGAUGAUGAGUCCAUCUGGUCGUCUGAAGCCGCCGCGUCGACGUCCGAGAAGCCCUGGUCGUCGCCCUGCUCAGCAAAGAGCAGCUCCAAAUCCGAAUCUGGUUCCUCUUCGUUCGCGAGCAUCGACUUCAUGCGAUUUCCCGCCGUGGACCGGCGCUCGCGGCCCGUCGCAAGCCAUUCGAUCUUGGGCUGCUCAUCGGAGUCGCUGCCGGAGCUGCUGUCGGCGUCGCUAAGCGGGCUGGAUGAGAGAGCCGCGUCCCGCUCGGGGGCAUUUUCAUCGAUUUCCAUCGUGUACCGCAGCCCUUCCAUAAGAAUUCGAUGGGCUGUGAUGCAUGCCGGGGCGGCGGUGUGUCGAAAUUUACCUUGCUAGUCGAAGUGGGAGCUUGCAAAGGAGAAGCGCGUCUAGCGUGGCGUUAAAAUUUGGCGGGCAGCAAGCAGGCUAAGAACGGCGGCGCCAUCACGCUAGCCAAGCGACGUCACAGCGUCCUCCCUCAGCCUUUUUGUAUGUUCACUGUACAGAUGACCAAAACAUACACACAAAUUAGUAUCGAAAAUGUAAAGGAAUAAUUCUUGUCAAAAUAAUCAAUCUAACCCAAAAUGCAACACCGCUGUGCUAUCUAUCUGCUAGGAAAAUGUAACGCCUGAAUAUGUCGUGUGAUGUGCUAAGCCAUCCAAAUGCAACGCCUUCCCAAAGUUCUGUACCAAAUUUCCAAAUCUCCCUGCUGUAGUUCAUAUAUGUAUUUACAUUAAAUCUCAUCCAUGUAAUCGGCUGUUUCGUCACCCUCAUACUUCUUGCAGUAGCCGAGCCAGCUACGCUGGAUGCACUUGCGUGGGACAGUAGAGGUGGUAGUUGGUGCCGGCGAAGUCGGAACUGGCCCUGUCGGUGGCGAGGUAAUAACCAUGGUAGAGCUGGUAGUAGUUUUAUCGUUGCAGCCCCAGAUUCUUCCUGGAGUCUGACAUGUGGUGGAAGACGCACUCGUUGUGGGCACUGAUGUGCUAAUAUCCGUUGUCUCAUCGUUGCAGCCCCAGAACCUUCCAGGAGUCUCGCAUGUUGUAGAAGACGGAAGUGUAGUGGGUGCUGAUGUGAUGGUAGGUCCCGUUGUAGUUGUCGUUGUUGUUUUGUCGUUGCAACCCCAGAAGCGGCCGGGUGUCUUGCAGGUAGUUGACGGAACCGAGGUGGUAGUAGUGACUGCAGUGCUUGGUGGAAGGGUGCUCGUAACAAGAGUCGUAAGAGUCUUAUCCUUGCAGCCAAACCAACCUGGGGUUUUGCAGGUAGUUGUGGUGGUCGUGGUGGUUGGGGUCGGAAUCACACGUGUUGUUGUAGUCUUGUCUAAGCAUCCAAACCAGCCUGGUGUUUCGCAAAUUUCGGUUCGAGUCCGAGUUCGUGUGGUUGUUUUAGGUGGAGCAGUGGUUGUGGUAUCCGUGCCGUUGCUCUCAUACAUCUUCCACUGUGCACAGUCUCUGCACUCUGGUGUCAUUUCGCACUUUGGCACUGUCUUAUACUUGAGCAGAACAUCGGAUAUAACAGCGCGGAUCUUGUGUGUUCCUAUUCCUACACGCCAACCCUUAUCAGCAACGACGUCAUAGACGCAUUCGUAGCCAGUGUGACAAGCUGUUUCCAGGGCGUAUCCUGCAAAUGAACAUGAGGCCGUCGCACCGUUGCAAGUGCCGACAUAGAUGGGAUCGGCGGUGUGACCAAAGUGGUAAGAUCCAGUAUGCAUACGGGCUUGAUGAUUUUGGUUAUUGUAGCCAGGAGGCACUGGAAGGCCAAGCCGAGAGGCUGCGAGUGCUUCUGGUACAGCCUCAAAUGUGACGGCAGGCAAGCCAUAGGUGAGACCAAGAAGCGACGUCACGGCACCACCGAGGGAGUGGCCAGUCACCCAGAUAGUAGAUUCUGGGUACAUUUGAAUGACCUCUCCAUAGAGUGCUCUGGCUGCUGCAUAGUAUCGGUUUUCUUCACGUAGGGCGCCGGUUACGCAAGUAUUGUUACACGAGUAUGUACCGGUCGCACAGUCGCAGACUUGGUGCCACGUCCACUGGCCCUGUUGGGCGCAGCAGCAGCUGAAAAAAAGAUUGUCGUUGACCUUGUCGUUUGUGGUUGUGCCCUCACCGUCAAAUACAGCCGGGGAUGUUCCCUUGAGUCCGAUGACAACCGUUGAGUUGGAUUCGUCAGCCCAGAUGUGGCCACGCAAGCCGUCAUUGUCCCAGCCGAAAUCCAGUUGGCGGUCGAGAUCGUCGAUAUCUUCCCAGUCGGCCUUGUCUUCAUUUUCAACAUAUGCGUCUGCUGCCAUGUAUGCCAUAUUGAGAAUGGUGUCGAAAUCUGUGAUAUCGGGUGAAGGUACAUUAUCCAUCGUCCAGGCAUCAACGUCCAUUGCGGCUGCGAAGCCCAACUGGCGUGAAUGCGCUACGAGAGGAUCUACUACUUCGGGGCGUCGGUCGGCCAGGCGCUGUAUAGUCAUAGGUCGACUCUUGAGUUUGAGCUUUGGUAGAUCUACUUCAUCGUAUCCGUCUUCAGCUGCAAGGUAGAUUCGGGAUUCGUCAUGGUCGACAUGUCGUCUCCGAUGAAGCCCGGGGUGUUUGUAUGUGCCGUGAUGGUAAAUUUGACGCAAGCUAAACACAUGUUCUGCUGGCAAAGGGGCUUCUGGCCCGUUUGGAAGCACAGGACCCGGUGGUAGGAGGAUGUUGGGAUCGAAAGCUGCGGUAGCUGAUGUGACUGUCACUGCCGAAGCCGGCCCAGCCAAGGCGGAGAGCAAGAGAGCUGCUGCUGCUGCUCGGCCGACAGAGGAGCAGCCAAAAGCGUGUGGUUUCAUUUUGUAAAUGGAUUUCAAUCCCUCUGCUAAGAUGGCGUUUGCAGUGCGGCAAAGUCCAUCAAAAAGAGGAAAAUCUUGAAGAUGUUGGGGGCGAAGUGUAGCGUUG